CGAGCCGGGAGGAAGCGGAGCUUUCGGACUGAGGCGAUCCCCGGAGGAGGCGGCGAUCGCGGGCAGAGGCGAUCCGGGAGGGAAGCGGCGCUCCCCGGCGAAGGCGAUCCGGGAGGGAAGCGGCGCUCCCGGGCGGCCCCACCAUGAAGCUCAUCAUCCUGGAGAAUUACUCUCAGGCCAGCGAGUGGGCGGCCAAGUACAUCCGCAACCGCAUCGUGCAGUUCGGGCCCGGCCCCGGGCGCUUCUUCACGCUGGGGCUGCCCACAGGCAGCACCCCCCUGGGCUGCUACAGGAAACUGGUGGAGUAUUACCGCAAUGGGGACCUCUCCUUCAAGUACGUGAAGACCUUCAACAUGGACGAGUACGUGGGUCUCCCGAGGGAUCACCCCGAAAGUUACCAUUCCUUCAUGUGGAAUAACCUCUUCAAGCACAUUGACAUCUCACCAGAAAACGUCCACAUCCUGGAUGGAAACGCCCCUGAUCUCCAGGCAGAGUGUGAUGCAUUUGAGGAGAAAAUCAAAGCAGCUGGAGGCAUCGAGCUCUUUGUUGGAGGUAUCGGCCCCGAUGGUCACAUCGCCUUCAACGAGCCGGGAUCCAGUUUGGUGUCCAGGACACGAGUGAAGACCUUGGCCAUGGACACCAUACUGGCCAAUGCCAGGUUUUUUGAUGGUGACCUCUCCAAAGUGCCCACCAUGGCUUUGACAGUUGGAGUAGGCACUGUCAUGGAUGCCAGAGAGGUGAUGAUCCUGAUCACAGGAGCCCACAAAGCCUUUGCUUUGUACAAAGCCAUCGAGGACGGUGUCAACCACAUGUGGACGGUGUCGGCCUUCCAGCAGCACCCCAACACCGUGUUCGUGUGCGACGAGGACGCCACGCUGGAGCUCAAAGUCAAAACUGUGAAAUACUUCAAAGGUUUAAUGCUGGUUCACAACAAGCUCGUGGAGCCCUUGUACAGCAUGAAGGAGAUGGGAGCGGAGAGGAGCCAGUCCAAGAAGCCGUACAGUGAUUAAUGUGCUGGGGCAGUGCUGAACCAGCUGCUGCAAACAGCCAGGAGAAAAGGGAAUUGCUGCAGAAACUGAUCUCGUGUUUGUUCCUAAAUUAGCAGAAUGAUCAUAUGGUUCCUUCUCUCCGUUAAAGAGACAGAUGCCAAACACCUGCCUUAAUGAACCAAAGGAGGAUGGGAUCCAGUGUUCUGUGUUCCACAAACUUUUGCCACCAACUCAUUCUCUGAAGGAAAUGAAGAAUGAGCUGUUUGAUCUGUGAACUGACUGUAAUCAUGGACUGAAGGCUGCAGAACUGAAAUGUGUUGCAGAAACAAGUGGGUGAUCACUUUGGGGUGCAUUCCUUGCAGUUAGGACAAGUACCUGGUGUUAUUCCUUCCUCCUCCCUGAAACACUCUUCCAUCAGAAUCCUGGAAAAGAGGAUUGUCCAGCUGGAGAAGGGAAAGCUCAGAGCAGCACCCACAGCCACGAGAAGGCAGCAAGAGGAUGGAACCAGGGGGAAGAUGAGAAGGGACAGUGGGGCCUGAGUGGACACACGAUGCUCACGCUGCAGAGGAUAAAACCCCAGUGUGGGAGCAGCCAGGCAGUGGGACAGGAUCCCCACGGCUGGGCAGGCUCUCUCUGUAGGAGCUUGCCAAGACCUGACUGGAUGAAACCCUGGCUGAGCCCUGCUUUGAGCCACGUGUUGGACUGAGACCCCUCAGCAGAAGAGGCUGCAGCAGCCUCCCCACACGGGGUCCAUGGUGCAGCUCAGGCACCUGAGGAUGUCUCUGCUGUCACACACAAAGCCCUUGUUCGUGUUCAGGCCCAGGUAUGAUUUGCUGAGCCUGGUGCUCUCUCUUCUCUAGGAUUUCCCGUUUCUCUAGGAAAUGCCAAACCAGCCCCAAAGAAAACACUCUGCUCCUACUGGCUUCAGCCUCUGUUUAAUUACAGACACCCCACACAGGUGGACAACAGCCAAGACCCCACCACUGCUGAAAUGUGAUUCCUGGGAUUACUAUCCAAUGCUCUCACACAAGGGGCAAGAAAACUGGGCAACAUUUAUUUUCUUUAUACAGAAAUUUUAUAAGUUGUUGAUCUGCAAUGUAACUUUCUUCACUAAACGUCUUUAAAUUUUUUUAAAUGGU